AUGGGGCGUGCUGGUGCGCGGAGCCGAUCUUUAUCUCCCGCUAGCACCAUCCCCAGCUUCGCACUACCGGCGAGGCUCCCGCUAACUAUACACGCCAGUACCACGACCACGUACUUACCGCUACCACGCUGUCCACCAACAGUAUCCAUACUGUAGGUCUUGCUACUGCCUCUAUCUUCACCAUCUUCACCAUCGUCACCGUCCCCCCCGUGCAAUGGAGGACCCCACUACUGUAUCGCUAACCUACCAGAACACUUCGCUACAAGACGUCCAGGUAUGGUCUGCUGGCCCCGCCACUCCGUACUUUUCGCCCUACCACCAUCUUGAUGCAACCGUGCUGCCUACUGCCAUCCCGCUCUACCUAAUCCUGGCUCCUCCCGCUACCAUCUACUCGAACGACGCCAGCACUGCUGAAUUCUUCAAAACUCAUCUCCUCCCAAUAUCGCUAGCAAACGGUCUAGGACUUCUAUUCAAGAGCGACAGCGCCGACCAGUACCUUGUGUUUUACUACGAUGACCAUAUCCGCAUGCUCGUGAUCGACUUUGACGGUUUGAAUAACGCAUUGGCCCUAAUUGAUGUAAAUUCCUCCAUUGCAUCCAAUACCUUCAUCGACACCCGACGAGCUCCCGUGCAAGAGAACACUCUGGUGUUCGACAAGGUUUUGGAGCGAAAGAAGCAGCCCAAUCCGUUCAUUGAGUCGGCCAAACCCAGCACCAACUCGUUGCUGGUGCUCUCGAGCCAGGAACACAUCAACCAGGCGGUCAACAAGGUGAUCCUCUCGGGUUUGCGGAUCAGAGGCCUCUCCACCAGCCUGGGGCACUCUUCCAAUGACAAGUUGACCAUCAAGGAAAUAUACCACAUGACAUAUAAGGCUGCGCUUUUCGGUUUACGAAAGUACAACUACAGUUUCAAUGGGAGUACUAAGAAAAAGAUUACGAUGGACGAUAUCCAGGACGUGGUGGAAAGACUAUUGGAGGUUUUCGUGGAUGUAGUAUAACAUACGGUCACUGGGGAAUAUCAUUCAUGGAGUUUUGGGAAUUUAUAGAACAUUUAGUAACGGUUUUUAAUAGUACGUUUAAUU